AAACUGUACAACUUCCUUCUCACAAAAAAGAAGCUGUACAACUUCCUUCUGACAAAAAAGAAACUAUACAACUCCCUUCUCACAAAAAGGAAACUAUACAGCUCCCUUUUCGCAAAAAAGAAACAGAAAAAGAUCCUAUAGAUGUUCCGAAAAAUCCAAUAUUUGUUCCUUAUCCUUCUUUAGAAGGUCAUUCUCGAAAAUUAAUUGGAAAUAUAGUUGUGUAG